AGUGAGGGACACACCCAACCUUCCGGGCUUUCCCCUUCGCCCGGUCGCUGUUCCCCUCACCCGCUCACGCACGCCCUCGACGGGAACCCCUCGUUCGGUUCUGCAUCUCCUUCUCUCUCUCUUUUUCUCAUUUCCCUUGUACCUCUCUCCCUCUCGUCUCUCUCUCUCUCCUCAUUUCGUAGCCUGAACUCAGCCUUGAGGAGAAUUGCGAACACACAUCGCUGGGAACGGAAAGGAAGAUUAGAGAAUAAGAAAAACAAGGAAAACUGAAUGUUGAUGUCUGGUUUGUUUACAUCGCUCAGCGUGUCGGCGUUCGAGGGGCCAGCAGGAGAGGCAGCAUCGCCUGUGACUUCGGAAUUUCCAGCCCAGAGUUUGCUUUAGAUUAAAGAGGUGAGCAGGACCCUGCAGGAUGCCGGCGCCUCCUUCCACGGAAAACCUCCACUCCCGAGGUCCUCAUCACCCCCACGCGCUCUCCGUGGAAGUGUCUCCCCCCGAGGAGUACUUCCGCGGAGUGUCACCUCUCUGUCGCAAGAUGCUGGAUGACAUGACGGCCGUCCGGGAGAAAUGGGGUGACACGUGGAACGAACUUUCGUAUCAGCAGCAGUGUCGCGUCAUCGAUCAGGCUAUGGUGGACGAGGCGACAGUCCGGAGGUACGAGGCCGGCGAGCUCCGAGAGGCGUGCGAGGAACCGGAGUACGAGUAUUUCCCGAAGCUCAAGCUGCCGACGGGCCAGAAGGUCGUUUGCGACGAGAACCUCACCGCCAGAGGAUUCUCAUGCAGCUGGCGCGAUGAGCACUCCGCCCCCUUCUCGUGGCACACGCGCUCGCAGAUGGAUCUGACGCUCGACACGCCCCCGGCCACGCCCACUCAUCCCAGCACCCCGACGGAGCCUCCGCCCACCACCGUCGAGGGCCAGGGGCGCGUGAUCCCGGGCGGGCGCGCCGUCUACACCGCCCGCCCGGUGUCCCUCCCGCGGCCGCCGAGGUUCCGCUGGCACUACGACCCGCCCGGCAGCCCCGACCCGCCGGCCGUGGUGGUGGCGGCGCCGCGCUCGGCCACGCUGCCCUCCAACCUCAACCGCGAGUCCCGCCGCGCCAACACCUCCAAGUACAUGCUCAUCCGGAACAAGGCGGACGGCGGCGACGGCGGGGGCGGCAUCCUGGCCAAGAUCCGCGGCGCCGUCGCGGCCCUCACCGCCACCUGCCUCCCCCUGAAGGCCACCUCGGGACAGAACUCCCUCCUCUCCCUCUACAACGCCCCGAAGGAGGGCGGAGAGCCGGAGCUGCGCCCCCCGCACGUGCGUGUGCAGGCGACGGAGCCGAAGGACUCCCAGGCGCUCUCGGGCCAGGUGCCGGAGCCCGCCGACGCGAACGGCAACCCAGGCGGCUUCGUCAAUAACCCCCUGUCCGACCUGGCGUCCGACCCAGCGCUCGUCGGCUACUACUGCACCCUUCCCGACGACGACGACGACGCCCCCUACACGCCACGCGCCGCCCUCCUGCCCGAGAGAACUCAGGCCACCGUAAACACGCCGGUCACGCCCGACCUCGAGGCCUCCUACAGACAGAUACCCGACGGGGCCCCGGCGAGACUCUCGUCCGAAGGCCCCUCGACGGAGACCAUCUCCUCAGCUUUCACUUCGCCCCUCUCGGCCUGCCUGCCCACGCCUGUGCCGACGCCCACGGCCUGCGAAAUUGCGAGGCCCACCCUUGAGGGCGUCCCUGCCAUGCCAGCCGCCGCCCCGACCCCGCCGCCAUCGCAGGCCCCGUCGCAGGAGCCCGCUUGCGUCCUGCGGCGUCCUCGGGAGAAGAAACCCUCGCCAGAACUGAGCGAGAAGGAGCGCGACCUUCUGGAGGAUUUCAACAUCAACCUCGAGCUCAGUGAAUCGGAGAAGCGUGAGAGCAAUAUUCCAAAAACCGGUUUCGACUUCCUGGACAACUGGUAAAAAUGGCGAGAGCGGGAGAAAAAAAAAAUGGCGCUGGCCAGGGAGGUUGCACUCACACACAUGAUGACACUCGUGCCCUACUAAACUCUUCAGCACUGUAUUUAGAUCAUAUAACCUAAUAAUACGUCUUGUGCUCGGUGUGUGUGUGUGUGUGUGUGUGUGUGUGUGUGUGUGUGUGUGUGUGUGUGUGUGUGUGUGUGUGUGUGUGUGACAAUAUUGGAAGGAAAACGAGGCACGAAAUCAAAAUCCGCUGCAUGUGUUCGUCAGGAUUUUGAUUGGUUUAACUGAUACAGUAAAACCUGUAAAAUGGACUAAAUGUUUAUAAAAGACCCUAAUGCUCAUAAAGUGCCCAAUUAAUGACCAGGCAUUAAACAUUGGACCAUUUUUUAUACUCAUUAAACUAAGAUUUGUAAAAUAAAUUUUUUACCCCAAGGUUAUGACUAGAAAUAUUGAAAUUUGCUCACAUAAGUUGUAAGAGUAAACAUUCACUUCAGUCCCAAGCCGAAGGGAAACGGAAACGAAUUUUGCCUUUAUCAAUUUUUAAAUAAAUGGAGGAACAGUCGCAUUAAUCGUAGGUUUGCAAGUAUAAGAAUGCAUCACAUGUUAUAAAUUUUCACUUCUGUUUUGCUGUAAGUGGUGCUAAAAGUGAAGAUCCUUGCCUUGCAUAUCUUGUGGAACGCGUGAUGUGAAAUAUUACUUGACAGAAGGAAUUGUGUUUUCUAUUGGCCAUCGAAACCCUAGCAUUUGUGUAUGUCUGUGUGCAUGUGUGUGUUCCUUACUGUAGUUGUAUAUCUUUUGUACACGAUGCAGGAAGUAGAACUGUGCAGUUAGGUACUUUAUAUAUAAUAACAAUAAAACCAAUAAUCACUUGAAAUACAUUCUCACUCAUACACGAAAUUUUGUUUGUUUGUUUGUUUUGUUUCAUCCUUUGCAGAUAUGGUUUUGCAACUCGUACCAUUACAGUACCAUACUCUCAAAUAUAUGUAGGAAAAUGUUGUAUUUGUACCAAUUCUAGGUAAGGAAUAAAACCCAUAAUGAGC